UGUCACAUCAUACCUUUCGACGUUCGACUUUCGCUAAAAUCCAAAUCAAAUCCAAAAAACCCUGAUCUAAAAAGAGUCUAAUGAACGUGGCGUAGUUGGUGUGUUAUGGAUUUCAAACCUUAUUAAUUGAAACGAUAUUGAAAAUGUCUGACGUUGUUGUACCUAAGGGUCAACCUGUAUCAGGGGUUCCAGAGAAGAAGGGUUGGUUGUUCAAGUGGACAAAUUAUCUGAAAGGAUAUCAGCGGAGAUGGUUUGUGCUGUCAAAUGGAUUGUUAUCAUAUUAUAGAAAUCAAGCUGAAAUGGCACACACAUGUCGAGGCACAAUAUCCUUACUAGGAGCACUAAUACAUACUGCUGAUUCCUGCACUUUUGUCAUUAGUAACGGAGGUACACAGACAUUUCACAUUAGAGCCCACAAUGAGGUGGAGAGACAGAGUUGGGUGACUGCUCUUGAAUUAGCAAAAGCUAAAGCAAUAAGAGCUCAAGAGUCUGACGAUGACGAGGACCAGAUGUUGUCCGGUCCGACAGCGGACGGCAGCGGCGAAGGCGAGGGCGAGGACGCCGGUGGCAUCGCCCGGGAGCUCUCCGCCAGAUUCCACGACCUGCGCACGUGCUCCGAGCUGAUCGCCAAGCACGGGGCGGCGCUGCAGCGCUCGCUCGUAGACCUGGAGAUACCGCCCACCGAUACCACCAAACAGGUGUCAGAACGGGCCACCCUGUUCAGGAUAUCGUGCAACGCUAUGAUGAAUGCCUGUUCGGAGUUUAUGAGCGCCGCCGCCGCAUCGAGUGCUCGCAUGAGCCGCGCCCUGCAACACGAACGCGAGCAGAAGAUGCGACUCCAGGAGGUUGUGGAACAGCUUGCCCGACAACACGACAGUCUGGAGAAGACCGUGACUGGACGCAGCACGCCACAUACUGGUAAAAGUGCAAAUGGCAGCGGACAAAGCAACGAUACUGAGGAUGAUGAACAUGAGUUCUUUGAUGCUGUUGAGGAAGAAGUUCAUCCUGCAAUGGAGGAUAAGACAUCAUUUGUAAUGAAAGUACCUGUAAAUAGGAAAAGUGCUGUUAAAGAGGGUGAAAGUUCUGACGAGUCUGAGGGCGAAACUGUUACUGAAACUCAACAAGUAAUAUUCGUAGAAGAUAAGGAACGUGCAGCGGAAAGCAACAUGGGUGGAACAGACGCAACUGUGGCAGACAAAACGCCAGACAGUAAAGAAGAGGACAUUAAAGUAUGGCCGCACGUGUCGGAGGUGCCGCCGGGCGCGGCGCUAGUGGAGGGCCGGCCGCGGCGCACGCGCGUGCCCGACAAACCCAACUACCCCCUCAGUCUGUGGUCCAUCAUGAAGAACUGUAUCGGCAAGGAGCUAUCGAAGAUCCCUAUUCCGGUGAACUUCAGCGAGCCGCUGUCGAUGCUGCAGCGGCUUACGGAGGACUACGAGUACUCGUACAUCCUCGACCAGGCCGCCAAGUGCACGGACCCGGCGCAGCAGCUCGCCUACGUCGCCGCCUUCACCGUCUCAUCGUAUGCUACUACAGCCAACAGAACUACAAAGCCAUUUAAUCCGCUCCUGGGUGAGACAUACGAAUGCGACCGGAUGGCGGAUCUGGGCUGGCGGGCGAUAUCAGAACAGGUGUCGCACCACCCGCCGAUGGUGGCGCAGUUCUGCGAGGGCCAGGCGGGGUGGCAGUGCUGGCAGGAGUUCACCAUGACCACCAAGUUCCGCGGCAAGUACCUGCAGCUGGUGCCGCUGGGCGGCGCCUACGCCGAGUUCCUCGCCACCGGCAACAAGUACACGUGGAGGAAGGUAACGACGACGGUGCACAACAUAAUAGUCGGCAAGCUGUGGGUGGACAACCACGGCGACAUGGAGAUAGUGGGCGAGGCGGGGCCCGCUGCCGGCUACGUCGCCCACCUCAAGUACCUGCCCUACGGAUACUUCAGCAAGGACACGCAGCGCAAGGUCACAGGCGUCAUCAAGGACCCCCAGGGCGUGCCGCGGUACGUGGUGCAGGGUCACUGGGACAGCCGCGUGGAGCUGGCGCCGGUGACGUCGGCGUCGGCGGACAACACGGUGUGCAAGACCGGCAAGUUCAGCGUGGCGUGGGAGCGCGUGCCGGCGCCGCCCGAUUCCGACAAGUGGUACAAUUUCACGCUGCUCGCCGCCCAGCUCAACGAGCCCGAGCCCGACGUCGCGCCCACCGACUCGCGCCGUCGCCCCGACCAGCGCCUCAUGGAGGAGGGGCUCUGGGACGAGGCCAACACCGAGAAGCUCCGCCUCGAGGAGAAGCAGCGCGCCGUGCGUCGCGCGCUCGAAGCCGACGCCGAAUCCGCGGCCGCGCGCGGCGCCCCGCCCCCCGCGCCGCCCCGCCCCGCCUGGUUCGCCCGCCAGGCCGCGCCCCCCGCGCCGCACCUGCGCCACCUCUACACGCACCGCUACUGGGAGUGCAAGCGCAAGCAGGACUGGAGCGCCUGCCCCGACAUAUUCUAGCGCGCUGCGACCCCCGGCCCCGGAGCGCGAUGCCCGUAGGUUUCGCUCGGUUCGAUACAUUUUUAAAAAACUCUUUCGUCCGAAUCUACGGGACUAGCGAAUGCGAGGUGGUCGUUUGGUCUUGUUUUAAUUCGUCACCGGCGGGAACGUUGCUUUUAAUCUUCUUAACCUUCGUCGACUUCUAUUCGCUUCCGAUGAAAUUAAAUUAGAUCUGUGCGGCGCCUGAGAGGCGAAGAGUCGCCACGAAAUGUAUUUCCAUUUUAAAGUUUUAUAACCACCAUUUCUAUUGACGCCUGACGACACGACGAAAUACAUUUGAGGAUAUAUUUUUUAUGGGUGCACAACUUAUGAAUAUGUAUUGUACACAGUAUUCAUGUAAACUAUAAACUAUAAUUCAUAAAUUUUUUAGUACGUUGUUAUUUUUAUAUGUUACUUACAUUGAAAAUAUUCGAUUAGUUUUCUAAGUGUCUGUAGUCGAGAUAGGGCUGCUAAUUUUGAAGCUUCCUGCUCGUUUCCGAGGGUCGAUACCGACGUUUUGGGUUUUUAUUAAAGCAUCAUUGUGAUCGGCGCCGGGCGGCGUCGUCGGGCCUGUUUUGACUAUUGCUAUCGGUGUUAAUUGUGAGUGUUUGAGUGGGAGAAUGAGAGUAACAGUAUGAUUUAAAAAAUUGACAAGACAUGACGCGCUAAACUUGUAAUAUGCAUUAUAUUAUGAUUUUGAUCCCCGUUCCAUUACAUCCUUGUAGCAGAAUGAACCUAAAAAUUAUAUAGUUACAUUAACUACUUCUUUCUUGCUUGCAAGUGCCUGUUAUAGUUCUUGCAUUUCACUUUUUAAUUAACACUUAAAAAGGAGGGUACUUUUGAUACCUUGUACAGAUUAAGCAAAAGUGCCCUUAUUAAGUGCAAGGAUUGUAAUUCUAAUGUAGUAAUAUCACAUGAUAGUACUUUUUGUUUAUAUUAAUUAUAAUAUGAUAUAGUUAUUAUUAUGUUAACUAUAU